GAACCUGAAGACACCAAACAAACCUUUGACAUUUUGGAGCUUCACAACCAUCCAGACUUCAACGCGUUGAAUUAUGACAACGACAUCGCUUUAAUUAAGCUGGAUCGUCCGUUUAACGCCUCUGACGCUGUUAAAGCCGUUGAGUUCCUGCGAGCCGGCGGUUCAAACCCUGGCACCGAUGCCGAGGUGGAGACAGCUGGCUGGGGCUCUCUGGACAACCUGGGGUCGCGACCCGACAAACUCAAGGAGGUGACGAUCGACGUGGUGAGCUCGAGUCGGUGCAAACGCAGUGACUACUUCGGCAGGAAGUUCACCGACAACAUGAUCUGCGCUCAUCGAGUGUGUUCUGACCCCUGCGAGCUGCAGCACAAGAAGGAGGACAGCUGUGACGGCGACUCCGGAGGCCCGCUGCUCUACAACGGCAUCGCGGUCGGCGUCACGUCCACCGGAGAGAGAAAGUGCGGCCAAAUGAGAAAACCUGGGAUUUACACCAUCAUCUCCCACUACAGCGAGUGGAUCGACAGAACCAUGGGCCUGCAGCUGACGACGACGGCACCAUCGGACCAGAGCAGCAAGACCGACAUUUACCUGCUUCUGCUGAGUCACUGAUUACUCACCUGCAUGUCGCUGUAUGAAGGAAUUAAUAAAAUAAAGAUUGUCUCAUUCUGG